AAAUGAUUCAAAAAUUACAUCAGUUAUACAAGUAUAUGGUCAAAACAUUAUUGUUACUUGUGAAUCUAUUCAACAUACUUUUACAUAUGAUCAUUGUUUUAUGUCACAUGUGGAUAUAUCACAGCCUGAUUAUGCUAAUCAAGAAAUUGUUUUUAAAAAUAUGGUUCUACCAUUGGUACAAAAUGCUUUUGAAGGAUAUAAUGUUUGUUUAUUUGCUUAUGGACAAACUGGUUCUGGUAAAAGUUAUAGCAUGAUGGGUCAAGAAUCUACUCAGAUUACUGCAUCAUCAUUUGAUGAAGCAAUUGGUAUUAUUCCAAGAUUUUGUCAAGAAAUAUUUGCAAGAAUAUCUAAUAAUAUGAACAUUAAAACUACAGUAGAAAUUAGUUAUUUUGAAAUUUAUAAUGAGAAAAUACAUGAUCUUUUAACAAAUGUUAACAGUGGAGUAAAAAGAGCUCCUCUUAAAGUUAGAGAACAUCCUGUAUUUGGUCCAUAUAUUGUUGAUUUAAGUCAACAUUGUGUACAAAACUAUAAAGAUUUACAAACUUGGCUGAAAGUAGGUAAUUCACAAAGAGCUACAGCAGCAACUGGAAUGAAUGAAAAGAGUUCCAGAUCACAUAGUAUAUUUAGUAUUAUAUUAACACAAACUCAAAUAAAUAAUCAAUUAGAUAAUGGAACUAUAGAUGCUAGUCGUCGAAGUAAAAUUAAUUUAGUAGAUUUAGCAGGAAGUGAGAGAUUAAGUCAAACUUGUGCAAGUGGUGAUAGAUUAAAGGAAGGUGUAUCUAUUAAUAAAUCAUUAUUAACUUUGGGAAAAGUAAUUGCAUCUUUAGCUGAAAAUACAAGUAAUCGUAAACGAGGUUUUGUUCCAUAUCGUGAAUCUGUUCUUACAUGGCUAUUAAAGGUAAGUACUAUUAAAUUAUUAAAAUAAAAUUUUAUGUAAAUAAAUAAUAUUUUUUAUUAAAU